UAUAAUACCACGUGCAUGUGAAGUAUUAUUACAAAUGUAAAAAAGUAUUACUAGCUAUCAGAUUUUAUUUGAAGUAACAGUGAAAUUUUUAAUUAAAUUGUUAACAAUUUACAUUAACAAAAUGACAAAAUCAAAAUUGUUAUCAAAAGUUAAACCAACUAAAAAGACGAAAGAAAACACCUUUGCGAAAAAAACUAUCAAAAACAAACCAAAGACGGUGGGAUCUAUUUUAUUGACAAAAACUAACAAUGCUGUAGUUAAGAAAAUUAAAAAGGAUGGAAAUAGUAAACCACCGAGAGUUGAGAAAAUUUUGAAAGCUAAAGCAAGAGACUCAAGUCCAACCGAAACUACAGACUCAAUACCAACCGAAAUUGGAGAUUUAACACCAAAUGAAUUGUGUUCUAACAAAGUCAAAAAAGCUGUAGAAGCUACAUUUGAAUUAAUUACUAAAUCUGAAAAUACAACAUUACUAGACGAUGAGGUACCUAUGUUAUUGCAAAUCAGUUGUAUCAAAAUUCCUAAAUGUCCUCUGAGAACAGUAAGGUACACUCUUCCACAUUCCUUAGUAAAUGAUAAUACUGAAAUAUGCCUAAUUGUUCUUGAUUUGAAACGAGGACGUAAAAUAGAUCCAGAACCUACUGAGAUUCAUUAUCAAGACUUGCUAGCUGAAGCUGGAAUAAAAAAUGUGAAGGUUUUGCCUUUUACACAGCUAAAAUUGGAAUAUAGUCAAUUUGAAGCUAAGAAACGAUUACUGAAUCUUUAUGAUGUGUUCCUAGUUGAUGCUAAAAUCAGUGGGCACGUUUUUCAUAUAUUAGGAAAGACUUUUGUUAAAGCCAGAAAACUGCCAACUUCAGUAAGAAUGAAUCAGAAAGAUUUGAAACAUGAAUUUACAAAGGCUUUAAAUAAAACAUCUAUCAUGCUUACUCCACGAGGAAAUACUACUAUUACAAAGGUCGGUCAUAGUAAAAUGACAUCACAAGAAGUUACAGAUAAUAUUAUUGCUGCAUCAAAUUGGUUGAAGUCUAACUACCCAGGUGGUUGGGAAAACAUUGAAUCAAUUUAUGUAAAAUCACCAACAACAUUGUCUAUACCCAUUCAUAUUUCUUUAAAAAGUCCUAAUGAAGUUAAAGUUCCUGUUAUUGUUCAUCAUAAAAGAAAUAUCUACAAAGAUGUUAAGGGUGAACUUUCAACUAUACCAGGAGCCACAGUUAGUUUUGAUGCUGAUGGAACAAUGAAAGUUCUUAAAGAAGAAGUUGACGGAAUCAGUGAUGUGGAGUUUGAAGAUUUCGAUUUAGAAGAGCCAAAAGAUAACAAGAAACAAGCACAGAAAGCUGACAUAAGUAAGGCAAAACCAACUGAAAUGAAAGAAAAUGAUGAAAAUGAUGAAGAAAACCGGAAAAUAAAGAUGUCUAAAAAAUUAUCUGCCCCAAAAAUAACUAAAAAGGUUGCAAAAAAACAAGAAAAACCUUUCAGUAUGAGGCUGCAAAAAAAUUCUCCGAAAGCUAAAAAGAAUACUAAUUUGAAAGGAAAGGUUGCAAAGAAAAAUAAACAAAAGAAAAUAGUAAAAUCUUGAUUUAAAAGAUCAUUAUAUAUAUUAAAAAAUAAUGGUUAAUGCUUGUCAAUAAAAGGACUAGAGGCUUGUGGUUUUAAAAUAUGUAUUGUGGUCUUCAUGUUUUUGAUAAAUUUUUCCAUAUGUGUAAUGGUUUGAACUUCUGUUAAGC